AUGAGCGAGCUUGAUGGCAUGCCGUUCCUUCGUGUUCUUUCUCUUUGGGAGGUGAAUCCCCGGUAUCAAGACACCGAUGACGGGGGCAGCAUACUGACAACCGUGAUGCACCGGACCGCGCCGUUUACGUCUCUCAAGUUGAUGUGUGAUAAUCUACGAGCUGGAGAUUUGGAGCAAUUUAUUAAAUGGCCGAAGACACUUACUAGAUUCCGUUUUGUUGGAGGGAUAGACAACGAGCCCGUUGCCGACCUUCCCACCCUGGGACAUUGGCUGUCCAUUCACAAGACGACCCUACGGUCAAUUCGGAUUGGAACGGUGGCUCUCAGCACCAGGGGGCGCCUUUUGGAUUUAACUGCCUUCACGAGCCUGGAAACGUUCAGUAUUCACCCGCAGGCUAUUUUCCUGCCAGGAGGCGAAUUCCCAUACGAAGAUGUGCAUCUCUUGCUUGGUCCGAAGCUCCAUACCUUCACACUGGAGCAUCCAUUGAGUUCAUUUCAUUUUGAUUUUGGCGACGUUGAGGAGCAGUGGAUUCGACACCUUUCGAAAACGGCAACACGUCUGAAGUCAGCCCUACGUUGGAUUAAAAUCAUUUGGCAUGUCGAUGAGGAUAAUGUUGGUCCUCUCCAGGACAGGAUUGAUCGACUCAACCAACAGACACAGUCGAGUGGAGUCCAGGUGGGUAUGGAACAUCUUGGUGUGGAGGAAUAUACCGGUGGGGAUUGA